AUGCUUAGUUGGGAAUUGACUCUCACCUUCCCAGCAGAUCAGAUAAAGGAGGGAGGGAAGCUAAGUUAGACGGACGGCACGCUGUUCUCUGAAGUUAACUUCCUGUUUCCUGUUUUAUUGUUGUGUUUGCUGUGUUCUGUAAGGCUGGGGCAGCCAGAGCUCCAAGGUGCACAUCCACCACAGCACCUGGCUGCACUUCCCUGGUCACAACCUGCGCUGGCUCCUCACCUUCAUCCUCCUCUUCGUCCUGGUCUGUGAGAUCGCAGAGGGCAUCGUCUCUGAUGGGUGAGUCCAUUCCCCCUGCUCUUCUACUGGAAUUAUGCCCAUGUUUGACAUCACCGACCCCCAGUACAUUACAACGACCAUACACCUCCAUAACAUUGAACAAGAUUGAAUCUUUAGCAAAGUUAGCAGUGUCAUCACAGACUUCUCAACUCCUCUGCUCCUCUCAAUGACUGCUUCUGCUGUAAACUGUACUCUUUUCAUAACUCUCCACCGUUCCCCCCAUCUAGCUCACUAGGUUCUCUUCCUCGUCUGCACUUCUACCUUACCUACUUUGAGUGACAGCACUGCCGACCCUUUCUCCAUUUAGUCUUCAACUUAUCUGUCUCUCCCUCUUCCUCUCCUCACUCCACAAUCCAAUAUUGUGUGAUUCACGAUUGUAGGUUAAAUAAUUACAGAAAAUCAAUCAGAGCCUUUACAUUAAUUUGCCUCUGUUGUCUCUCUCUGUCUCUUUCUCCCCUCCUCCCUCUGGCUUUCACCUCUUCUCUUUCUUCUUCUGUCCUUGUAUGUUCUCCUCCUCUCAUGUUGGUUGCCCACGCAUGUCCCCUAUAGUCCCCUACACAUUGAUUACUUUAGGAUUGACUGUCGACGCUGAGAGCAUCUCCUAUGUGUUUGUGAAUUGAUUGGAAGAGCUCUCCUCUUGCACUUUCACCCUAGAAUACCAUUCACUAUAACACAAUGUCUGCUUGCAGCUUUUAUAUGGCAUUGAGUGUGUGAAUAGAAUGGUUUUAACUGCUCCAAUUGGGAUGUGUGUUUGUGUGUGUGUGCGGCUGUGCAUGUGUUUGUGUGUGUGUGUGUAUUAAACCCCUUCUGUCCUGUGUGUGUUCUCCCAGGUUCACCCAGUCCCUCCACCUGCACCUGUACAUGCCUGCAGGCCUGGCCUUCAUGGCUGGGAUCACCUCCAUCAUCUACUACCACAACAUCGAGACCUCCAACUUCCCCAAGCUACUGUUAGGUAGUGCUCCUUACAUUUUUUCAAAGCACUUUACAGAG